GCGCGCGUCAGUCAGCGCCGAGACGCCGAGUCAGGAGUACGUUGUUGCUGUUGUUGGGGGUUAGUCGCGCAGUGCGUGUGAGUGUGUUUGUGCGACUGGUCACAGGGCGUACUUGAAGAGGGUCGAUCUCGCGGGACGUGCUGCGACAGAGGAACAAGGACGUGGAGCAGCGCGAUUGAAGAUGAGCGGCAUGCUGAAGCUGUCGGCAUCGUUGCUGCCGAGGAGCCUACCCGGAGCGACGAUUUUGAACAAGUUGGGACUGCCGCUCCUCAGCAAUCGUAAGCUACAUCACACGCCGGACGGCCGAGCGGCGAAGAUCUCCGAUGCGAUCUCUAAGCAGUACCCGUUCGUGGACCACACAUACGAUGCGGUGGUGGUGGGAGCCGGUGGCGCCGGUCUUCGAGCAGCGUACGGCCUCGUUGCUGAAGGAUUCAAGACCGCGGUGGUCACCAAACUGUUCCCGACGAGGUCGCACACAGUCGCCGCCCAAGGCGGCAUCAACGCCGCUCUGGGCAACAUGGAGGACGACAACUGGCAGUGGCACAUGUACGACACCGUCAAGGGCUCGGACUGGCUAGGCGACCAGGACGCUAUUCACUACAUGACCCGCGAGGCACCCAAAGCUGUCAUCGAGCUGGAGAACUGCGGCAUGCCGUUCAGCCGAACCAACGACGGCAAGAUCUAUCAGCGUGCUUUCGGCGGUCAGUCGUUGAAGUUCGGCAAAGGCGGCCAAGCUCACAGAUGUUGCUGCGUGGCCGACAGAACCGGCCACUCUCUGCUGCACACGCUCUACGGCCAGUCCCUGAGCUACGACUGCAACUAUUUCGUCGAGUACUUCGGCCUGGACCUGCUGAUGGAAGACGGGGAGUGCCGAGGAGUGAUCGCGCUCUGUCUGGAGGACGGGACGCUCCAUCGUUUCCACGCCAAGAACACAGUGCUCGCUACUGGCGGCUAUGGACGCGCCUACUUCUCCUGCACGUCCGCACACACCUGCACCGGAGACGGCACCGCCAUGAUCUCCAGAGCCAAUCUACCCAAUCAGGACUUGGAGUUUGUGCAGUUUCACCCCACAGGUAUCUACGGCGCCGGAUGUCUGAUCACGGAAGGAAGCCGCGGCGAAGGUGGCUACCUGAUAAACAGCGAAGGCGAGAGGUUCAUGGAGCGUUACGCGCCGGUGGCGAAGGAUUUAGCAUCGCGAGACGUGGUAUCGCGGUCUAUGACUAUGGAGAUUAGGGAGGGCAGAGGCGUUGGACCGGAGAAGGAUCACAUCUACUUGCAGCUACACCACCUGCCGCCUGAGCAACUGGCCGCCCGGCUGCCAGGAAUCUCAGAGACAGCGAUGAUCUUUGCGGGUGUCGACGUGACCCGGGAGCCCAUUCCCGUUUUGCCCACCGUCCAUUACAAUAUGGGUGGCGUACCGACGAACUACAAAGGUCAAGUAUUGACCAAGCAAAAUAAUCAGGACAAAGUAGUGCCCGGAUUGUACGCGUGCGGUGAAGCAGCCUGCGCGUCCGUUCACGGCGCUAAUCGACUGGGCGCCAACUCUUUGUUGGAUUUGGUCGUCUUUGGACGCGCUUGCGCUAAAACUAUUGCCCAAGAGAACAAGCCCGGCGAGGCAAUCGGACCUCUGAGCUCUAACGCUGGCGAGGAAACGGUAGCUAAUUUAGAUUGGGCGAGAAAUGCUAAAGGCUCUAUAUCUACCGCGGAGCUGCGGCUGACCAUGCAGAAAACUAUGCAGACGCACGCAGCAGUCUUCAGAAUGGCCGAGACUCUACAAGAAGGUUGUCGAAAAAUGACCGAUCUCUACAAGAAGCUCGACGAACUGAAGGUUGCAGACAGGUCUCUGAUAUGGAACUCUGAUCUGAUAGAGACGCUGGAACUGCAAAAUCUCAUGAUCAACGCGAUGCAAACGAUCGUCGGGGCAGAGCAGAGGAAAGAAAGCCGCGGCGCUCACGCCCGUGAAGAUUUCAAGCAAAGAAUUGACGAGUACGACUAUAGCAAACCGCUCGAGAACCAGCAGCCGAUACCGCUUGAUCAACAUUGGAGGAAACAUACGUUGUCGAAGAUCAAUCCAAGGACAGGAGAGGUAUCUCUCGACUACAGACCAGUAAUCGACGUUACGCUCGACCAGCAGGAAUGCGCAACGGUUCCGCCAGCGAUUCGUUCCUACUAGAUUAAUUCCAAAUGGACAAUCGAUCGAUCCAUCAUCCUAGGAUUCUCAUUUUGCCGGCAAAUUUCGGUCGCGCGACCGUCCCGCGAUCGUAAGCCUAAUGAUCACCGAUGUAUUGCAACGGAAUCAUCGUCGUCGUCGUCGUCAAUCGACAAUGACGACGAUCUUCGUACUGCUGUUACUUACUGCUACGUAACAAAACUUAAUUUAUUUUACAUACAUAUACACACACAUACAUACGCAUAUACAAAACAAAAAAACACGUACACACACACACACACACAAACUUCAUCGUGCACCAAAGUUAAUUCUUGUCAUCGCUUGCGCGCGAAUCGCGAGCAGAAUUAGUGAUCCUCGUAGGAUACCGGUGCCGAAGUUAUCUUUUCGUGGUCACCUCGCGCAGAGGUGAUUACGCACGAUCCUCACUCAGCGGAUCGAUGCUCAGCUGCGUGAAAUAAUAGUCGAAACUAGAACGCACUGUGGCGACGGAGGGUGGAGCUUCAGAUAUGCGUGGACCUUUCAGGGAUAGAUGUUUUUAUAACGUAAAGCAACCGUGUCUGGUGACACCGCGUCUCUCCCACAGCGCUCAAAUUUUCGACGCAUGACGCGUCGUACAUACCGUCGCGUGAAACAAUACGCUCGGCGAUAACGAAGCCGUGGAGUUAAUCGAAGGACAUCGUUCUGUUGGAAUCACAAAACAAGUAUAGGUCUUUCCAAAGACUUUAGGACCUCGAUCGCAGAGACAGAGUUUCUGAAUGAACCCAUUGGUCUUUAAAUGUGUUUCGUUUCAUGAUAAACGCACGUAAUAAAAUUAUUUUUCUUUUCGAUUGAUAUUUGUUCGUAUUCUUAAUUAUAUUUGUAAGUAAAACUUAUAUUUCACACUGUUUUUGCACGCAACGGUAGCCUUCGACUGUACUGCUGUAGUUUGAUACGAUUUUGUUAUUUAGCGUUUAUCGCUGAUACUUAUAUAAUACCACCGCGUUUUUUACCACCGCGGAAAAUGCGCGGAACGGUGGAAAAGGUUUAUUUUUUAGAUGCUCCAAUAUAUUUUCUUGCAGUCUGCGAAUGGGUUGACGCAAGAAAAGAAAACCUGAGUCAUGUAGCUUCGUCUUGUAGCAUCGAAGGACGUUGCAUCAAUGGAAAUGAACAUCUCUCAUCGGUCGGUCUCUCAUGCUUCAUUUUUCGAGAGUGAGUCAUUGGAUCAUCUAUAAAUGUCAUUUACGUGCAAACGCGAUUAUAUGGGCAUACACUCUUUAAAAAAUUGCGGAGCGGUAUGUUAAUUUCGUUGCGGCCGAAUACUUAGAUAUCUUAUCAGACGACAACACGGAAACAGUAUCAAGUAAUUCUGAUGUUGAGUACAUAUUUUUAUAGACAUAUUUAUAUUAAAUAUAUACACAUGUAAUAAGUUACACAUUAAAAAAGAUUAACUUAUUAAUUUGUUAUAAUAUAUAUCUCGGAAAAAUAAUUAUGUAUUCCAAGAUAUAAAAAUCACUGUUUUGGGUGAUGAUUUUAUUCAUACAAAAUUUGAGUUUAACCAAUUGAAACUGUUCCCAUAUGUGUUGGUCUUGCAGCGUCUCACUGAUGUAUUAUGUGCUCUAUAGAAAGUGAAUUUAAGUAAAACGUUAUACUCUCCUUAGAAACAUGGCACAGAGAUACGAAAUACUGUAGUCUCAGUCUGUAAAAGUCGUGUGAACGUGCUGUUUGGCAUGGUAAAAAUGUACAUAAAUCGCGAAGAGUUAUCGAUAAUAAAGCAUUGAUUACACAUUUUAUACGUGGAUUUAGAUACACUGGAGCUCGUUGAGAAACCGAGUCGAUAAUGAAUUACGAGAUAAGAAACUCGAAUUACAAAGUUUUUAUUAUCGUACAAAAGAGAUCAAUGAGAUGAGCAAAAAUUAUCUUGCGGCGAAAAAGUAUCUUGAGGGGGGAGGAAGGAACCGACAAAAAUAACAAGUCGCACGAUGUGAAUUUUCACAGAUAUUUAUUAAACCCAUACUAGAGUGGUAUUCGUCAUAAAUAAGAAGUUCGCGGAUUAAAUAAAAACUGCUACCGAGGACGAUUUUCUAAAGCAUUAAACUAAAGCUCCUCUCGCUUGUGAGCUAAUACUUCAGAAAAUUCUUUACACGUUACGGCUUCUUUUAAUUUAAUCGAUGAGGAUGCGUCUCGAGAUGAGCAUGUACUCGCACUCGCAAAUAA